UUAGAUGUUCAUUUAAAAAGAAUUUUCCUCCUUUAUCUGUAUUUACACUUAACACUACAUGACUUUUCCAGGACAAUCACACAUUUUACACUGCCCUGGGCUCGAUUCCAUAAAGUAAUAAUGUUCUUCAUACCACUUUACCCUACUUGAUAUUAUUGCUCUUCAUUUAUUGAAUUUGUGUAAUCAGUACUAAGUUUAAGAAAACAUCCUGCUAACUGACAUAUAAGGCCAUAAUAAGAGGCACAUGCACACUGCACUGCUGUUUUCACUUCUCCAUUAGCAGUUGUCAUUUCCUUAGAUGUCUCCGUCAGUCUACCAACCUUCUAGUGAUUUUACAGCUCUCCGCUUUUGUAAAUUUUCCCUUUUUUAUGCAGUUAAGUACAUAUUUUUAGCUAGACUUUAGUUAAUCUAGAGUAGUGAAUAUAAAAAACACUGAUCUCAUAGUGUUUGUAUCAGAGGGACCAUGUUUCUUCUGAGAACCACUAUUGGUUCUCCUUUUACUUACAAGGAUAUUUAAAGCAGUUAGUUUCAAAUGCCAUAAAUGACUAAGCUAAAUCAUAAGCCCUAAUGUACAACUCGGAUUGUUUACUACGAUGGAGAGACAACUGAGAUUUUUAGGUAAUUAAGUUACUUUUUUAUUCAUUUGACUUAUUUGACUGAAAGUGUUCUUAUAGUAAUUUAUUUUCAACAUCUCUUUUAACUUGACUAUGAGUAACACAGGUCAUAAAAUGUAUACAAACUAUGACUAUGUAUGUAGUAUAUUCUAGAUGCUUAAUUGAAUUCCUAAUUAAUAAGAGGCUUGGUUUAUUUAGCUCUUACUAUGCGUCUUUCAGCAUAAACUUUUUAGAUGAAUUCUCAAACCCUUUGACAUACUGUAUAUUCACUAUGUACAUUCACUGCAGUCAAAUUAUUGUUACUGUGGCAUCUGUUGUGAAAUGCAAUACAUGUAACGUGGAUGAAAAGUGUGACAGAAUUUAUUUUAGGAAACUUAUUUUUUAUCAAAGUAGCUAUGAAUAAAAAGUGUACCUAAAAAUAAAAAUUGUAUAUUUAUUCACCCCCAUGUUGUUUACAUUAUAUUUUGAAAGUUUAUAUUCUGCUCUUUUCAUAAAUGACAUUCAAGUUUAAAUUCUUCAAAAAUACACUUUGUGGUAGACAAAAAAAAAAAUAUAUAGCAUAUGGGUUUUUAACCCAUCAGAGUGAGUAAUGACAUAAUUGUAUUUUUUUGGGCCAAACUAACCCUUUAACAUCUGUUUUUGUUUCGUUUUUGGAAGUGAUUUGCAAUGAGUAAAACCUUGACUGGAAACAACUAACGUAGAGUAAAGGAGGGAAAUACAGAAGUCUAACUAAAUAGUACACAAAAGCACAUGCAGAUACAGUCACUAUACUAAAGAGCCAAUUAGGAGGGACAGCGAAGGGGGAUAAAUGGCAGAAGCCCUUCUGUUUCUGCUUCACUGAAUUAUUGAGUGUAAUCAUCCAGGCCUUUAAUGGCUGGUCCAGAGUGGAAUUAAUUUGGGUGGUGUGGGAUAAAUAAUGCAUUAUGGGUAAGGGCUAUGAGAGUGUGCAAGAGGUCUAUCUCCUCCGGCUGCCUCUGCAUGAUGAGAGUGGGAGGGGCCCAGGAAGUGUGCUGCUCUGUGCAGUGGGCCAGUGGGACAUGAAAGGGGAGAGAGAGAAAGAGAGAGAGAGGGGAAGGGAGGGAGGAAGACAGAUGCUGUCCAGAGCAGGCGGAAGAGGUGCAACAGGGCGAGGCUCAGGAGGAGAGUAGAGUGCGGAUCCCAACAUGUGGAUGGAGGACAGUGUUGCUCAGCUAUGAACACCAUGCUAAGUCCCAAGAUAAGACAGUCCAGGAGAGCCAGGUCUAAGAGCAUGGUCAUGGGGGAGCUCUCCCGCGGCUCCAGCAGGCCAUCGUCCCCCAGCCUCCAAGACAGGGCUCUGAAAGCAGGCUGGCUUAAGAAACAGCGCAGCAUCAUGAAGAACUGGCAGCUGCGCUGGUUUGUGCUUAGAACUGACCAGCUCUUCUUCUACAAAGAUGAGGAGGAAACCAAACCACAGGGAUGUAUCCCGUUGCAGGGUAGUCAAGUCAACGAGCUGACAGCCAAUCCUGAUGAACCUGGGCGGCACCUUUUUGAAAUAGUUCCAGGCUGUGCAGGAGAGAAAGACAGAUCGGCUCUCAGCCAUGAGGCUUUCCUGCUCAUGGCAAACUCCCAGAAUGACAUGGAGGAUUGGGUCAAAGCCAUUAGACGUGUCAUCUGGGCUCCCUUUGGAGGAGGUAUCUUUGGCCAGCGCCUGGAGGACACAGUACAGUAUGAGAGAAAGUUUGGACCCCGACUGGCCCCUCUGCUGGUGGAGCAGUGUGUGGAUUUCAUACGGGAGCAGGGUCUGAAAGAGGAAGGUCUCUUUAGGAUGCCAGGACAGGCCAACCUGGUCAAAGAACUGCAGGAUGCUUUUGACUGUGGGGAUAAACCUCUGUUUGACAGUAACACUGACGUUCACACAGUGGCGUCCCUCCUGAAGCUUUACCUCAGGGAGUUGCCAGAGCCUGUGAUCCCCUUUAACAAAUAUGAGGACUUUCUAACCUGUGCACAGCUUCUGCUAAAAGAUGAAGAAGUGGGACUCAGUGAGCUUGUGAUGCAGGUGAACACUCUUCCUCAGGCUAAUUAUAAUUUGUUAAAGUACAUUUGCAAAUUCUUAGAUGAGGUGCAGUCACACGCGAAUGAGAACAAGAUGAGCGUUCAGAACCUUGCAACAGUUUUUGGACCAAAUAUCCUUCGGCCUAAAGUAGAGGACCCUGUUUCAAUGAUGGAAGGAACCUCCCAGGUUCAGCAGCUGAUGACGGUGUUGAUCAGUGAACAUGAGCGUCUGUAUGUGGGGACUGAGGGAGAAGUGUCCUCCGAGCAGACAGGAAGUUGUCUUCCAGGUCAGCGAGGCAUGGUGGAGUGGAUCUCUGAUGAGGAGAUGCUGAACUGCUCAUCGCUGGGCCAGAUCUCCAAAGUGGCAGAUAGUGUGUGUGGCAGUGCCACGUCUUUAGAUAUCAAUACAGGUGCCCCUACCACUGCCAAAAUGACACCUCAGGGAAAAGCUGGGGUGACGGUCAGCCCCAGCAAACAGGUGAAAUCCCUCCCCUCCUGGAAAUACUCCUUCAAGAGCGGAGGGGUACGUGCUCAGCCUGCAAAAAUUGGGGGCUCGUCUGUGGACGUGUCUACCUUGCCCAGUACAGGCAACUGGUUGAUGAACGGGCUUUCCUCUCUGCGCAGCCACCGCCGUACAUCAUCAGGAGAGCGCAUGGGCAAGGAUUCAGCCUUGUCACACCGUCUGUCCACUUACGACAACGUGACCUCAUCCAGUCUCAGCGUACCCAGCGUCGCGAGCACGCCCUGGUCCACAUCUUCCUGUGAGAUCUUAGUGGCCGACUCUGUGGGAAGUGACCCCUCUGGACUGAACUCUGAGAAGGUGGAUUGGUCAGCUGGAGGGUCUGUCCAAGGGCAAAGUGAAGACAGGAAUUCGGAGGUCACUGAGAGCAGCGAAGCACUGGAAAUGUGUGUGAGCAGUGCAGGCUGCAGUGAGAACGGAAAUGGAGAAGACGCGGAGAACGUCACAGGAGAUACUGAUAUUAACACGACAGCACUUAACAGCCUGGUAACAGAGUUGAAAGACGAGUUAAAGAAACAGAAGGCCAACUACGAAUCUCGAAUACAAAGGCUGGAGGAAUCAAGUGUCACUAUGCGUAACCAAAUGGAGAGGCUAGAGGAGAAGCUGGACCAGGAGAAGAAAAAGUAUCUCAUGCUGGAAAUUAAACUCCGUAACUCUGAGCGAGCCCGUGAGGAUGCAGAGACCCGCAACCGCUUACUUCAGAACGAGAUGGAGGAGUUCUUCUCCACUUUGGGAGAUCUUACAUUGGGAACAAGGACAAGCUAGAUUUGACUGGACGUCUAACAGGCCUCCUGAUUUAACACUGAUAGACUAUGUGUUUGUUGUAGAUAAAAUAUUGGAAAUCUCUCUGCUCAUGCAUCAUGAGAAUUCAGAGGUAAUUUUGUGCUGUUUUCUUAUGGCGACUUGAUCAUGUGUAGCAGUUCCACUUCUCUCUCUGAUCUUCAGUCUUACAUUUUAAAGGGAUAAUUCACACAAAAAUACAAAUUCAAUGUAGUGCACAUUUUGUGUGUGGAACAUACAAUGUUCUUAAUGACAAGUGAACUAUUCCUUUAAGGUGCCAUUAAUUUCGUAGCAUUCAUCACUUGCAUAACCUAACCUGCACAGAUAAUACCAAAGCAUGACAUUUCUAACCAGACUGUUUUCAUUAUUGGCCUCUCACAUAAGGCAGGUUAUUUUAAUGGCAUUUCCUGCAUGGUAUGAAAUAUGUCCUGCUGAGUUGUCUCUUGAGGAUUUGGGGAAUGAUCACACCAUCCUUUUUCAUCCAAAUUCUACAUCAUUUACAACCAGUCACCAUAUACGUACAAGCUGCAUCCCAUCACACUGUGCCUCGCACUUCCAGAUGAGAUGAGAUCAACUUUUACACCAUCAGACCUCACAGACACAAACUCUUUUCAGCAAAUCCCUUUAUUGUAAGUAAAAUGCACUAGAAGAAAAUAUUUUAUUUCAGAUUAGAUGAGGUAACACCAUCCAAACUGUUAAAAUCUCAACUCUCAAAAGAUUACUUCAGCUGCAAGAUUGCCAAGGCUAGUAUUUAUUUAAGCUUAUUAAUGUACCUAGAACUAUUUCUCAGGUGGUGUUUUUCAAAACACUCAAUGAAUGAGUGUCUUUAUAUAAUAUAGAUGAUGGAACUGAGGCUGACAUAUACUUGAAUGUGUUAUAGUAGCUUUUUUUAAGUAUGCACAUACUGUAUGUUCGUGUUAUCGUUUUUUGUUUCUUCUGUUAAUUGAUUGCUGAAUGCAGAAAGUGCCAAAGUAGAGGGCUUUAAAAAAAUGGGUGUUUUAAUUCAAAUGAAGACUGACCAGUCUUCAUAAUAAAUUGCCGUUGUCAUCAAAACAA